UUGAGCGGAAAAUGAUGGCGAUUAUCCAGACCAAGAGCUUGAGCUCGCAUAUGGAUGGAGGUGGCCGCGAAAACUAACAACACUUGUGGAGAAAAGUUGUUUGCUAGAGAAGAUCGCGAUCUGUCUCCACCCCUGGACAUUUUCAGACUUGGGAAAAAGCGAGUGAAUGAGGGUUGAGGCUGUAAGCUUGUGUAAUAUUAUAGUGUGAAACAGCCACGUAGCUUAUAGAGAUCCAGAUCACACACACACUGGCCUUGUGCUUUUAACCCCUUCAUACACACUGCAUAUCAACCCGAAGAAGAGGACUGAUCGAGUGAAUACGAAAUAAAGACAAGCGAAACGAGGUGUUGGAGUGAACAGUGCCUCUCCUUUAGUGUGAAUGAGGGAGUCAUGGCUGACCACACCUCCCCACUGGAGUCCGGCCAGUUACUCAGCCCAGACAUCCCAAUGCUCACCUCUCCGCCCCCCCCUCCACACCCACCCAACAUCAUCAAUGGAGACGGACCACAACAGGUAAUCUUGGUGCAAGUAAACCCAGGAGAGGCCUUCACGAUCCAGCGAGAUGAUGGUCAGUUUCAGUGUAUCACAGGUCCUGCUCAGGUUCCAAUGAUGUCCCCAAAUGGUUCAGUGCCUCAAAUCUAUGUGCCUCCUGGAUACGUUCAACAGAUCAUUGAGGAGAACGGAGUGAGGCGGGUUUUGGUCUUACCUCAGACAGAGUUUCAUCCGGGGGGCCAUUCCCCGCUUCACCACCCACCGCCUCCACCACCCCACGCCCACCUGCAGGCCUUCAUCCCUCACCCACACAUCAUGCACCAUCCUGCUCACCUGUACUCAGGCAUGGCUGGAGGAACCGGAGACAUGAAUGCGCAGUACAUCUCCCAGUACCACCCAGCACACACCCCCAUCUACUCAGAGCAGGAUACUCAUCAACCACAUGGACGUGCAGCGUUUGCUCACAGGGAUGAAAGGGCUAGCAAAACCUAUGAGCGCCUGCAGAAGAAGCUGAAGGAGAGACAAGGGGUGGGUGGAGGAGGAGGAGGAGGUGGAGGUCUGGCCCUCUCCAAAGACAGCCCCCCUCCCUCUCCACAGAAGACUAGGGGGACUCCGCCCACAGGAGGGGAUCUCCAGAACGGUCUUGGGGGUAAGGGGGUGGAGGAGCUGACAAAGCCCACCACUGCUGUCACCAGCCCGGGCAAAAGCCCGCCAGGGAGAGGGAAGGAGGUGGAGUCUGGAGAACUGGAUGAAGAGGCCAAGGCUCUUCAGGAACGAUUAAACUCCAUCUGCAAGCCAGUGGUGACAGAUAUCCAGGCCAGAGGGGCCAGUUUGAGUUGGUUGGCCCCAUUACGGACAGAAAGUGACGAGGAGCCCAAAGAGGGAGAGGAAAUCCCUUUGGAGCCCAGCUUCACGUACGAGGUCUCUGUCUCAUACAACGGCAAGGACGGGAAGUACAAGACCACCUACAGUGGAGUGGAACUAAGUGCAACUUUACAAGACUUAAGACCAGCAACAGACUACCAUGUCAGGGUCCAUGUCAUGUGUAACUGUUUACAAGGCGUUCCUUCAGAGCCUGUGAGCUUCACCACUCUGAGCUGCGAGCCAGACACCCCCAGCCCACCACGCAAAGCCAGCGGCACCAAGAGCAGCCUCGUCCUGCAGUGGAAGGCACCUUGUGACAACGGUUCCAAAAUCCAAAACUAUAUUCUUCAGUGGGAUGAGGGAAAAGGUACCAGUGCGUUUGAACGAUGCUACUAUGGCCCUCAGAAGCAGUACAGACUCACCAAACUCUUGCCAGCUUCCAGAUAUUCUUUCCGACUGGCAGCCAAAAAUGACAUGGGGGUCAGUGAGUUCAGUGAAGCCGUUCCCAUCAUGACAUCAUGCAGUGUGCCCGCUGCCCCACAGAACCCUGAGCUGGUUCAGCCCGGGGUCACGUGGUUCUGUCUGCGGUGGCACAGGCCGGCCGGCUCGCCCAAAGAGGACGACAUCAGCUAUGUGCUGGAGAUGGAGGAGGAGGGCUCAGGUUAUGGGUUCCAGGCCAGUUAUGAUGGUGACGAGCUCUCACACACUGUCAGAAACCUCCACCGGAGCACUACAUACAGGUUCAGGGUUAUUGCCUAUAAUGCGGAGGGGAAAAGUAACCCCAGCCCUGUGUCUGAGUUCACCACAGCCCCCGACAGACCGACCUGCCCCUGCAGACUCUCAGUGAAGGGCAAACCUCACCCGACCAGCUUCCGCCUGACCUGGGAUCCUCCCAAAGAUAACGGCGGUUCAGACGUGACAAAGUACGUGGUGGAGCUGACGGAUGAUUUAAGUGGUUCCUCUUGGAAUCAGGUGUACAGUGGAUUGGCUAUGGAAUGUUUGUGUGAUGGUCUGAUCCCAGGAUAUUCAUACCAGGCCAGAGUCCACUGCAUCAGUGCUGGAGGAGAGAGCCCGAUGACAGAAGCCCUGCAGGUCCAGACCCCACCUGUUCCUCCUGGUCCCUGUCUGCCGCCCAGGGUGGUGGGUAAACCCAAAGCGAGAGAGGUGCAGUUACGCUGGGCGCCCCCUCUGGUGGACGGAGGUAGUGUGGUGACUUCGUACAGCGUGGAAAUGUUUGCUACCCAGGCGGAGGAGAGCAGGGAGGUGUACCAGGGCUCAGAGCUGGACUGCACGUUGGGUAGUUUACUACCCGGCAGGACCUACGGCUUCCGGCUUCGAGCCGCCAACAAAGCUGGGUUCGGGCCAUUUUCGGAGCGCUCCGAUGUCACAACAGGUCCAGGGGCCCCUGAGGCGUGUCGCCCCCCUCAUGUCAACUGUAAAUCACCAACAUGUGCUGUGAUCAGCUGGGAGGUUCCUCACUGUAACGGUGCAGCGGUGUCAGAGUAUCGUCUGGAGUGGGGGGCAGCAGAGGGCACUAUGCAGAUCUGUUACACCGGUGCUGCUCUGUCCCAUGAGCUGAGGGGUCUGCUGCCUGCCACCAGCUACUUCUGCCGGGUACAGGCAUUAAAUGUUGCCGGUGUGGGGCCGUUCAGCGAUGCUGUGCUCUGUCAGACGCCCUGCUCUGUGCCCGCUGCAGUCAGCAGCGUCCAUGCUCUUCGUGAGUCGGAAAUGAGAGUGGAGAGCCGGGUCACUGAGAGGGUCGAGGAUGAGGAGGAGGAGGAGGAGGAAGAGGAGGAGGAUGAAGAGGACUCACCUCUCCUCUACUCUCCAUCCACUUGCCUGGGGCUGCGCUGGGAGGCACCACGCGAUCACGGAGCGGAGAUCAUGUCAUACCUUAUCGACCUGGGAGAGAGACAGCCCAUCCUCACUGGACCCGUAACCAAAUAUAUCGUCCAGAACCUGCAACCCGACACCACUUACAGAAUAAGGAUCCAGGCUCUGAACAGUCUGGGCGCAGGUCCCUUUAGUCACACCUUUAAACUGAAGACCAAGCCACUGCCACCCCUCCCUCCACGCCUGGAGUGCACCGCCUCCAGUCACCAGACCCUCAGGCUCAAGUGGGGCGAUGGCCAGGGCAAGGCCCAAUCCACCGAUUCCCUACAGUAUCAUCUCCAGAUGGAGGAUAAAAUUGGGAGGUUUAUAUCCUUGUAUAAAGGACCUUGUCACACUAACAAAGUGCAGAGGCUAAAUGAGUCUACCUCGUACACAUUUCGCAUCCAGGCCUUUAACGAGGCGGGCGAGGGGCCCUUCUCCACUGUUUACACCUUCACUACCCCACGCUCCCCACCUGCACCCCUCAAAGCUCCUCGUGUGGAGCGUGUGGAUGAGUCAUGUGAGGUGAACUGGGAGACACUGCCACCCAUGAAGGGAGAUCCAGUCAUCUACUGUUUGCAAUGCAUGCAGGGAAAUUCUGAUUUCAAACAGAUCUACAAGGGCUCGGCCACCUCCUUCCAGCUCCCCAGCUUAAACUUGUCCACGGAGUACCGUUUCCGUGUCUGCGCCAUCCGCCAGUGCCAGGAUGCUCCCGAAAUCUUCGGCCCCUACAGCUCCACCGUCAUCCUGCUCCCACCUCGUAUCGACACACCUGGGGCCUCCAGUGCCACCGGGUCCAAAGCCACCGAAGCCCAGAAGCCAAAACGCAGCCUGACGGAUGAACAAUUUUCUUUCCUUAUCAUCGCCCUGUUGGCCGUGACCUCCAUCCUCAUCGCGGUCGCCAUCCAGUACUUUGUCAUCGAAUGAGCCGUAGCGCUCUGAGGCUGCAUUAUAUUGUCCAAACGAACCGAACUUUGUUUUUUUUUUUAUUUGUUUGUUUUUGUUUAUUUUUUGUAAUGGCAAGGAGCCACAUUGAGGGAAAGAUUGCGAUAAAGUUAUAAAAUUACUUCACGUUCUCUAUCGUUCUAUCUUUCUCGCUCUUCGCUGUCCCUUCUUUCUCUCUACGCAUGCUGUCGGAAACAAAACACCGUUCCCUUGCGCCGGAGUUGGAGGGUGAUUUAUUGAAGGAUCAGCAGUGAAGCUUUAACGCUCAUCGCAUACUAACUGUACCACUUUCAUUUAUUUGUGUAGCUGUAAUCUUUAUGUUAUUUAUACGUAUAAUUUUUGUUGUAUACUGUCUAGUGUGUUUCGAUCAGUGUUCCAAAGCUAGCUCGGUGACCGCUCACCAGCUUAUCUUGGGCAUGGGACUGAGGGCCAGUGACCACGCUAUAGGAGAAGGGGGCACUCCGGGGGUCUGUGGCGAUCUCUGGGAGAUAAAGUCUACGAAAUAAGGAAGGCGAGGCGAGACGGAUACCGCUGGAAUUAGCGAAUGUUGGAUUAGCACUUUCCUCAGAACUUUUUUGAUGUUCAGAAUGUGUAAAGGAUGCAAAAAUAACUAGAGAAAUGUUAGUAUAUUUUUGUACAGUAUGACAAGAGGACGUGUUCAUUGAGAUUCUGGUUUAGUAUGGGGGAGUAAGACUAUGAAUACCAAACUAACUCAGCUUAAUAGAUAUUUUUACUAUCAUGUACGUAUACUGUAGCUUGUUUUUACAAUCAAGCAGCUGCUUAGCUCCAAAAUAUUGUCAUUCAGCACAAACAAUGUACGCUUCUCGGACACCUUUCCUUCAGUCGUUAACUUUGCACCUUAGUGAGAAGAGAAAAAAAAAAAUACUUAUUGAAUGCGUCUUGAUCUUGUGAUGCGUUUUAUGGAAUAUGUUAUCCAGUUGUGCAAGCCCUUCAUGUGUUUUGCUGUUUUAAAAUUGUAGUACCACAAAAUUUGUUCUUGAAAUGGUAUAUUCAAACAAAAAUCAUUAUUUUCUGAAGUCAAAUAGUAUUUUCUUAAUUUCUUCGAUUUGUUCUAUUUUUAGUUUUAGAAACCAAAUUAUUGGUGUUAUGGAUUAUCGCAUUGUGUUAGCCUUUAUUUUUAGUCAUAUUACUUUUUGGUGUAAUCGCUAGAGUAUUGAAUAUAGGACUAAAUAUUCAUUUUCAGAUACCUUUUGAUUUCUCAUUCGAAUCACACGUUUAUUUUUUUAUAUGAAAAAGAAAACCUUUAAGUUAAUUCUGUCAGGCAGAGAAAUUAAGAAAAGUGCAAGAACUGAAAAUGCAAACAGCAGUAAUGAAAUCUGUUAAUCCUUCAUGUACUUCCUGUGAAUUUACAUUUUUGCCUUUUUCUCUGUGUUAAAGUCUCGUGACUGAUUGUCAGUGUGACAAUCUGGUCGUAGGGUUUCGUGUUGUGGUUGGUUAUGGGCAAAUGAGUGCUGUCACAAGGUACCUUGCAAGUACCUUUGAUUAAAAAUGAAUUACAUGAUUUGGUCUAAUAGAUAUUCUGCAAAUGUCUUCUGUUUGUCAUUGAAGGAAAAAAAUCUCAAAUUCCUAUUUUUGAUAGUGAUAAAAUGUAAUUGCAAAGUGUGCCAUUUUAACGUCUCCCCACCAUAGUAGGUGUUUGGUGCAUGGGAGAAAGAAAAACGACAAAAAAUCAAUAAAAUAUGCACAAAAAAAUGACAAUUUUUACGUAAUUUUAAUGUUUGCAGUUACCUCAUACACCGUACAUUCCAAAACAAAAAUUUGUUAUAGUAUACAUACAACCAGACAUAUCACUUUAAAAAUAUUCGUUAUCAGAUAGGAAAUGUAUAAUCAUAUAUAUGUAUCUAAAGUGUGUCUGUAUAGUCAUGAUAUCUACAGACGGAUCCAUGCACAAUAAAAGAUUUAUAAUUCUUAA